AUGUCUCAAUCAUUAAUUGUGUUCCGAACUUCAGGGAAGGUUGAAUAUCAACACAAUAAUAAAGUUCAUGCAUUCAAUGAAUUUAUAGGGACCAUUGUCAAUGAGACAGCUGUGGAAUUAGACAGCAACUUUUUUACCAACACUGUUAAUCGGAAAAAGUUCUAUGCCUUCCAAAACUCCGAGCAUGAUACCUAUGUAGCGUUAUAUUUUGAUGGGGUUGUCACUUUGGAUGGGAAUAAAGUUAAGAGUACUUUGCAAAGCAUUUUAAAGACAUUCAAUAAGUAUGAAGAAGAGGAGAUCAAUAUGGAGAAGUUCAAAUCACUAGCAGAUUUACAGUUUAACCAACUCAUGAAAACAAAGACUACAAGUAUUGGAGAAGACAUAAAUUCCAAUUCUUCUACUCCUUUAGGGGGUGCACCAAGAAGUGGUGCACCCAAUCCACUUACUCCAACUACAACUGAUAAAAGAAAGACUGCACCAGGGAAGAAGUUAAGGAAAUGGAAUGGUGAUGAGAUUGAUGAUUCUGAUGGUAAAAUAUUGGAUUAUUCUAAUGAUGCACCAGAAAAAGUUGAAAGUGCAAAUUCAAAUUCAAAUUCAAAUCCAAAUCUUUUAUCAACAUUAACCGUUGAUCAAGGUGCAUUUACAAAGGAAAAUGAAUUAGUAUUGGUUAAAGAACUUAAUGAAUUAUUAGAGGAUGAAGAAUAUGAAUCUGAUGAGGAAAAGACAGUUGAAACAUCCAAAUUUGGUUCAAUUUUCUCUAAGUUUAGUUCGUAUUUCACAGGGACAGUUAAUUUGGAUGAAGUUUCAAAGAAAUUCUAUGAUCAAUUGGUAUCUAAGAAUAUAGCUCCUCAAACUGCUACGUCAAUCAUAUCUAGAAUCAAAGAGAAACUUCAAUCAAAAUCCAAUAUAACAUUAACAUUAUAUCGACAAACAUUGAUUGAUGAAUUGACCAAGAUUUUAACUCCAAAUGUUGGUACUGAUUUACUUUACGAUAUAAAAAAGAAUAAACUGGGCCGUCCAUAUGUUAUUUCCGUGGUUGGUGUCAAUGGAGUUGGUAAAUCCACAAAUUUAGCCAAAUUGUCCUAUUGGCUUUUACAAAAUCAUUUAAAUGUACUUAUUUGUGCUUGUGAUACAUUUAGAAGUGGUGCAGUAGAACAAUUAAAAGUGCAUGUUAAUAAUCUUCAACAAUUGAAUAAUGUUGAAUCGACCAAAAUUGAUAUUUUUGAAAAGGGUUAUGGUGGAGGAGAUCAUGUUGUACAAACAGCUAAACUGGCAAUUGAAUUUGCUGGUAACAAUGGAUUUGAUGUUGUUCUAAUUGAUACUGCAGGACGGACGCAUUCUAAUGCCAAAUUGAUGGCCCCAUUAAAGAAAUUUGGUGAAGCUGCUGAUCCUAAUAAAAUUAUUAUGGUAGGAGAAGCCCUUGUUGGAAGUGAUUCUGUUGAACAAGCAAUCAAUUUCAAUAAUGCAUUUGGUAGUAAGAGGAAAUUGGAUUUCUUCAUUAUAUCUAAAGUUGAUACUGUUGGAGAUUUAGUAGGAACUAUGAUUAAUAUGGUGAUGGCUACAAAAGUUCCUAUUUUGUUUGUUGGUACUGGACAAACAUAUACAGACAUUAAACGAUUAAGUGUUAAGUCAGUUGUUAAUCUGUUGAUGAAGUGA